AUGUGGAUACCAACGGAGGAUGAGAAAAUCGGUGUCGUCAUAUGCAGUUUCCGAAGUUCUGUCAAUCAGGCGCUGGUGCUAGAACUUGGAGAGACUGUCCAAAUCCUUGAAAAAUGUGAGGGUUGGUACAGGGGCUUCUCCACCAAGAGACCCAGCAUUAAGGGGAUUUUUCCAGUCAACUAUGUGCACUUAAAGAAAGCAACAGUUACCAACAGGGGGCAAUGUGAAACAGUGGUCCCUCUUGAAGACCCUAUAAUUACAGAGAGCACCAGUACGCUGCAGGAAUGGGGCGUACUCUGGAAACAACUCUAUGUGAAGCACAGGGUGGAGCUAUUUCAGAAGCUGCGUCAUGUGAUGAUGGAGCUCAUGGACUUGCGGCGACAACUGAUUUCUGGUCACCUGACCCAGGAGCAGAGCCGAGAGAUCAAGCGGCACAUCACCUUACGUCUGGACUGGGGCAAUGAACAUCUGGGUUUGGACCUUGUGCCUAGAAAGGAGUUUGAGAUGGUGGAUCCAGACCAGUUCAGUGUCUGUGACCUUUAUAAAAUGCACGCGUCCAGUAGACACUGUGGGCAGCCCAGUACAGCACAGGGUCAGCGCCAUGGUGAUGGUUGCCGUGCUCCCAUCGCUCACCACCUGUUCCUCAGCCUGAAGAGCUUCACGUACAAUAGCAUCAGUGAGGACACGGAUGUGCUCUUCAGCCUUUAUGAUGCCCGAGAGAGCAGAUACAUCAGUGAGAGGUUUCUGGUAAGACUGAAUAAAAAUGGCGGCCCAAAGAAUCCAGAGAAAGUGGAUCGUUUGUGUGCGUUAUUCACGGAUUUGAGCAGUAAGGAUCUGAAGAAAGAUCUUUACAUUGUAGCUCAUGUCAUUAGAACUGGACGUAUGCUGCUGAAUGACUCUAAAAAGGGCCCAGCACAUGUGCAGUACAGAAGACCAUAUGGCUGUGCUGCCCUGUCCAUGAAUGACGUCUUCAACUCCAUCACUGAUCCCAGAGAGGAGAAGGACUUUGUGCUGAAAAUAUACACGUGUAAUAAUGAAAGUGAGUGGUUUCAGAUUCAUGAAAACAUUAUACGCAAAUCCAGCACCAAAUACUCAGCACCCAGCACCAACUAUGGUUUGAUAGUGUCUCUUCAGUUCUUCCGCGGAGAUCUUGAUACUUUACGAAGGGAAAAUCACAUGAUCUUCAGUAGAGGUGUGGCCAUCACCCGAAAACUAGGCUUCCCUGACAUCAUCCUACCAGGGGACAGCCGUAAUGACCUGUAUCUCACUCUGGAGAGGGGCGAUUUUGAGCGGGGAGGGAAAAGUGUACAGAAGAACAUAGAAGUUACCGUCUGUGUGCUGUAUGCUGAUGGAGAAAUCCUCAAAGAUUGUAUCAGUGUGGGCACUGGAGAGCCUAAUGUUAGCGAACAUCGCUCCUUCGUGCUGUACCAUAAUAACAGCCCUCGCUGGAGUGAGUGCUUCAAACUGCCCAUCCCUAUCGAACGUUUCCGUGGUUCCCAUCUCCGCUUCGAGUUCAGACACUGCUCCACGAAGGAUAAAGGGGAGAAGAAGCUGUUUGGGUUCUCCUUCACUCCUCUCAUGAGAGAGGACGGCACAACUCUGUCAGACCAGUGUCAUGAGCUUUUUGUUUAUAAGUGUGAUGAGAACACUAAUUUCAGUAAUCAGGGACUGUAUUUGAGUAUGCCGUGUUGUAAGGAGGAUCUGAACAGUUGUCCUGCCAUCCCAGCAUCCUUCCCAUUCCAACGUAGCAACAAAGAGACCUUCUGCAUCAGCACUCAGCUCGCCUCCACCAAACUCACCCAGAAUGCGGAUCUUCUGACCCUGCUGAAAUGGAAGGCUUACCCUGAGAGGGUUCUGGAUGUGCUUGGCCGAUUACGCCUCAUCAGUGGAGAGGAGAUCGUCAAGUUCCUACAGGAUGUGUUGGACACACUCUUCUCUCUGUUGGAUGACAACACUGAUAAAUACGGCCCUCUGGUCUUUCAGUCACUGGUGUUUAUCAUAAACCUACUCAGGGAUCCUCGGUAUUAUCACUUUCGCCCAGUUAUGGACACCUACAUUCAUAACCAGUUUGCCGGAGCACUGGCCUACAAAGAGCUGAUUCGCUGUCUGAAGUGGUACAUGGAUCGUUCAGCAGAAGUUGUCCGUCAGGAUCACAUUCAGGAUGCUAUGAAGGCAUUAGAGUACCUGUUUAAGUUCAUCGUUCAGUCCCGGGUGUUGUACUCUCGGGCAACGUGUGGUCUAGAGGAGGAGGCGUUCAGGGCCAGUAUUCAGGAACUCUUCCACUCCAUUCGAUUUCUGCUCAGCCUGGACGGACGCAAUGCCGAGACUCUCGUGUGUACGCAGGCUGCACUGUUGAACAGUUUCCCAGACAUUUUUGAUGAGUUGUUACAGAUGUUCACGGUUCAGGAGGUGGCGGAGCUGGUCAGGGGGACCCUGGCGAGCAUGCCCAGUACUGUGGAUAUCGGUCAGUCUAUGGAUGUGGUGAAGCUCCAGUCCAUCUCCCGCACAGUGGACAGUCGACUCUUCUACUUCCCAGAAUCGCGGAGUAUUCUUCUGCCUGUGGUGUUACAUCACAUCCACCUGCACCUGAGACAGCAGAGAGAACUGCUGCUGUGUGCUGGGAUACUGAGCAGCAUCUUCUCCAUCCUCAACAGUGGUGCUCAGGAGUCAUCGUGUGUGCAGGAGGAGGUGGAGAUGAUGGUGGAGAGCCUGUUGGAUGUGCUUCUCCAGACGCUCUUGUCCAUUAUGAGUAAAUCCCAGGCCGCAGAGACCAGCAAGAGUCAACGCUGCCCCCAGUGCACUGCCGAGAUCACAGGCGAGUAUGUCUCCUGUCUCCUGUCUCUGCUAAGGCAGAUGUCUGAGCUCCACUUUCACCACCUGCUCAACAACUUUCACAGUAAAGAUGAACUCAAGGAGUUUCUGUUGAAGAUUUUCUGUGUUUUCCGUAAUCUGAUGAAGCUGAGUGUUUUCCCGCGGGACUGGAGUGUGAUGCGGCUCCUAACCAGCCAAAUCAUCGUGACAACCACCCAGUACUUGUCCCCAGCACUCCACAAGAACUUCUCUGAUGCAGAUUUUGAUUUUAAGGUGUGGAACUCUUUCUUCAGUCUAGCAGUCCUCUUCAUCAGUCAGCCCAGCCUACAGCUGGAGUCUCUCAGUCAGAUGAAGAAGAUCAGGAUUCUGGACAAGUGUGGUGAUAUGAGAGUGAGGAUGGCCUAUGAACUCUAUAGCAUGUGGCAGAAACUUGGAGAGAACAAGCCUCAUUUCACUCCGGGAAUGAUGGGACCAUUUCUGGGUGUGAUUCUCGUUCCUCAGGCUGAGGUCAGGAACAUCAUGAUCCCGAUCUUCCACGACAUGAUGGACUGGGAACAACGGAAAAACGGAAACUUUAAACAGGUGGAGGCGGAGCUAAUGGAUAAGCUGGACAGCAUGAUGUCAGAUGGGAAAGGGGAUGAAAACCACAGAGAACUCUUCAGUUUACUGACGCAGCUCUUCGGACCUUACCCCAGUCUGCUGGAGAAGAUGGAGCAGGAGACAUGGAGAGAGACGGGAGUAUCAUUCAUCACAUCAGCCACCCGACUCAUAGAAAGACUACUGGACUACAGGGACAGCAUGAGGGGAGAGGAGCUGGAGAGUAAAAAGCUUGGCUCAGUCAAUCUCAUGAACUUCUACAAGAGCGAGAUCACCAAAGAGGAUAUGUACAUUCGCUACAUCCACAAACUUUGUGACCUGCACCUGCAAGCAGCCAACUACACAGAGGCGGCAUUUACACUGCUGCUGUACUGGGAGCUGUUACAGUGGUCAGAGCAGCCACUCAGAGACUUCCUGCAGUACCCCGCCCAGAGUCAGUGGCAGCGCAAAGAGAGCGUCAGCAGGAAAAUACUACACUACUUUAACAAGGGCAAGUGCUGGGAGUAUGGGAUUUCUCUCUGUCGGGAACUGGCACUCCAGUAUGAGAUGUUGUAUGAUUACCACAGUCUGAGCUGGAUCCGAAAAAUGGAGGCCAGUUACUAUGACAACAUAAUUGAGCAGCAACGUUUAGAGCCAGAAUUCUUCAGAAUGGGUUUUUACGGACGCAAGUUUCCAUUUUUCCUCAGAAAUAAAGAGUUUGUAUGUCGUGGAUAUGACUAUGAACGCCUAGAGGACUUCCAGCAAAGGAUGCUGACUGAGUUCCCACAGGCCAUUGCACUGCAGCACACCAACCUACCAGACGACAGCAUUAAGCAGAGCGACGCCCAGUAUCUUCAGAUAUACGCUGUGAACCCUGUGUCAGACCUGUCGGACGGACCGAUGAUGGACAGAGUGCCUGAGCGAAUCAAAAGCUUCUAUCGCAUCAACAACGUCAGCCGCUUUCACUAUGACCGACCUUUCCACAAGGGACCUAAAGAUCGCGACAACGAGUUCAGGACUUUGUGGAUUGAGAGGACUACUCUAAUUCUGUGUCGUCCUUUGCCUGGAAUCUCACGCUGGUUUGAAGUGGAGAGAAGAGAGGUGGUUGAAGUCAGCCCUCUUGAGAAUGCUAUGAACGUCGUUGAGAAUAAGAACCAGGAGUUACGGACCUUGAUCAGCCAGUACCAACACCGUCACCAUAGCAACAUCAACCUGCUGAGCAUGUGUCUGAAUGGAGUGAUUGACGCAGCAGUGAACGGAGGAAUAGCGCGAUACCAGGAGGCAUUUUUCGAUAAAGAUUACAUCAACAGCCAUCCAGAGGAGACAGAAAGGAUCUCCCAGCUGAAAGAGCUCAUGCAGGAACAGGUUCAUAUCUUAGGUGUGGGACUGGCUGUCCAUGAGAAGCUGGUGCACCCAGAAAUGCGUCCCCUCCACAAGAAACUGGUAGAUCAGUUCCACGUGAUGAGAAGCAGUUUAUCUCAUAGUGUUGCUAUACUCGACAGAUUCAGCCCUGCUGGAACUCGAGGGCUCCUGACACACAGUCCAGAAAGUAGCCGACUUAUACACAGACACAGUCCAAUUGGCUCAAUACGGCUCUCAUCCUCCCACAAUUCCAGUGAGGGCGGGCCUCUGUUGAUCAUGACAGACGGGCUGACGGACCAACCAGAAGACUCCUCGCUCAUGCAGCCCAGUCCCUCUUCCUCCAGCCUUAGUUCCAUUCGUUCCUCCUCCUCUCAGAUGAUUAACUCCGCCCCCUCCAGUGCCAGAGGUUCUCCGUCUCUGUCGGAUAAGAACAAGAAUAACCGCGAACUGUUGAUGCUUCUGCCUCCUCACAGAGAGAGACCCAAUAAUGCCAUUUAUUACAGUGCCAAUGAGAAUGGACAGAUGAAUAAUGUUCAGCGUUCAGUACUGCAGCAGCACAGUCCGUGCAAGCCCUACACGGAUUCACACACAAGUCUCAGUGACCGAGGGUUACCAUCAGCUCAAAGCAGCUGGAGUCUGGAUGGAGAGGCGGGGCCAUUCAUGCAGAAUCCUGGAAUUCUGACCACGCCCCAUAUGCCGCCACGCAAUUUUCCACAGGGUCAUUUCUUAAUGCACUUUGAUGGGUACCAUCAGCAGAUGACUGAUCCUCCCCCAAUACUGCCUGCUCGUUCACUGAGGAAGUCUCCCCUACACCCUAUCCCUGGCUCUCCAACCAGUCCAGUAUCAGUGUUGGGUGGCAGUAACUCGACUUUGUCUGGCAGUGCCAGCAGUGGCGUCUCCUCCCUCAGUGAGAGUGUACACAGCCAUGCUGAAACAACUGGCCGUACCGAAAACGUCCUUGGCCACUCUGAUGCGCCCGUCCGCCAGGACAACACCCUCUGCCACAACACCGACCCACCUGGUCGUCAUGACAAUGCCCUGGACUCUGCUCCUCCCAUACACUACUGGAAUCCUGAGGAGCACCUGGGUUCGUCGUACCUGCAUGUGCAUUUCGCGAGCGCGCCCGAGCACGUGCACUUUGGUGGGGCGCCGGAGCACUACACCUCCUCUGCUCCUGAGCAUGCUCCUCAGUACAGCCGGCACGGUCACGGGCAUUACGGGACCGCCUCUGAGCAUGCUCUGUACAGCCCAGAGUCUGAACCGGUGGAACCUCCUCGCCCAUGCCACCUGCGCCCCGCUGGCAUCGCCCCUCUACAGGACCACCAACACCUCCAUCACCACCACCACGGCCCCCUGCGCCGGGCCAUCCCCCCCGCUGUGCCACCCAAAUCAGGCCUGCGUGGGGUAGAAGAGGAACCUGGAGUUCAGCCUGUGCCCCUCCCUCGUCGAAUAUUCCCACUGCAUCGGGUGGCCUGGGAGCAGGGCAUCAGAGAGGAGCAGGAGGAGAAUGCAGGAUGA